AUGAGGACGUCAGCAUUCAUCUCGGUCCUCCUCGCGACAAUCGUGUCAGCACACAGCGUCAUUACCUAUCCCGGCUGGCGAGGAAACAACCUCAUCACCAACGCAACAUUCCCCUACGGCAUGCAAUGGGUCUACCCAUGCGGCGGUCACAAUGUCACGACAAACAGAACAUACUGGCCCACAAGAGGCGGCGCUGUCGCUUUCCAGCCCGGCUGGUUCCGUGGCCACGAGACAGCCUUCGCCUACGUCAACAUGGGCUUUGGCGAUGAUGGUCCUGACGGCGGCCCAGCAAACAUGACACAGCCCGUCGUCCCCAUGUUCCAGAUCCUCGGUCCCACCAACAAUCCCUUCCCAGGAACCAUCUGCCUACCUCAGGUGCCUCUGCCCAAGAACACCACCGUCAAGGCAGGCGACAAGGCUACAAUCCAGGUCGUAGAACUCGCCGUCCACGGCGCAGCUCUGUAUUCUUGCGUUGACAUCAUCUUCGCUGAACCAGGAGACAAGAGAAUCGCCGAAGUUAACGAGACAAACUGCUUCAACUCCACCGACAUCGGCUUCGCAGAGAUCUACACCAUCACGACCAAGCAGUCCGGCUCCGACGCCUAUGUUAGCGAAUCCGGCGCGACACAAACACUGCGCCAGCUGAACAUGGCAGGCUGGCUACCGCUCGUGGCAGCGGGUGCCUAUGCCCUGUUUGCGUGA